AAAAAAGGGGAUUAAUUGUCAGUUUUCUUCCUCUCGGCGUACCAAACAAGAUUCUUAUCAUUUUAAUUUUUAAUUAUUUCUUUCUUCCAAAUUAUCUUCCAUUCUUUAUUUAUUUAAUUUGACAAAACGAAUUUCCCUGUUUCAGAGUUUAACAGUUUUUUGGUUCAAAAUCGAAAGCGUUCACCACGAUUUAUCGAAAACCCUAACGUCCCAGUUUCGUCAAUGCUCUCACUCUUUGUUUCUCCCAAUAAAUCCAUCGCCACUUUUUCCCUUUAAAUCCCCCCUCCUUUCUAUCUGUUUCCUUCUCGAUCGCUUCGAUUAAGGAAGGAAAAAGUAAAAUGAGAGGGAAAGAAGCCUGGAAGAACCUGCUGAGAAGAUGCAACUCAAAAGGGAAAUUUGAGAAUGUUGUUUUCAUUGACGUUGAUGGUGAUAGAUUUGAGAAUGUCAUCAUCAUCGAUGCUCCUGAGUCUGUGGAGGAAAAUUUACAACGUUCUAGUGGAUCAAAGGGAGGCAAGCAUUUCUUUUCUCCCAGUGUAAUUAGCAUCGAUGAUGAUGAAACUGAUAAAAUAGAUGAUCCCGAAAUUUUUGUUGAACCUGCUGGUGACUUGGACAGUGAUGCCUCCUCAAGAAAAAGUUGUCCUGCACCUAACUUCAUGAAGAAAUCUACAGGAUUAGAUGAUGACGAUGACUGCUCGUUCAUCAGGGAAAAGAAACCUGCAUUCAAACUAUCAAAGUGCAAGAAAACAUAUGCUGGGAAGACUCCUUGUGGAAAACGUUUUGGUUUAAGUCCUGACUCUGAGGAUAGCUCAUCUGAAAGUGAUUGUUCUGAUUGUGAAGUUAUUGAAGGUUCUAUUGGAAAACUUAAAGAACAGUGGGAGAAAGCUUUCCAGAGAAAACGAUAUAAUGUUAGAAACGGUCAAUCUGGUUCAGAGGAUCAGACGAGUGCCUCAGUAUCACGCAAUGGUACUCCUGGAGUUGGAGAAAAUAGGAGUCAGCAAUAUACUGGAACCUCUGCAUUCUCUGGUUCAAGUGAUUCAAAUAUUCAGAAACAAAAGUCUCCUGCCUUUGAGACUAAUAGUGAUAGUUACUUUGAUGAUACUUGUCUCGAUAGGACAGAAAGGCCUUUUGUAGGAUCUGAGAAGAAAGUUGGUCAUGAAAACUUUUCACAGUCAAAAUAUAGGCCAACUGCUGAAGCUCAGUUUUCUCAUAUUGAGGCUGAUGUUAUAUUUGGAAGAGAAAGAUUUAUGGAAGUUCCUCUUUCAAGGGAUAGAAAUCAAGAGUUUUCUCGGGCACCCUCAAAAUUUGACCCAUGUCAAAGUGAUUUGCAACAUGAAAAUACAGUUGCGAAUGAAAAGGAGAAGCUACAAUCCAAAGAACCAUUGAUGUCAAGUCCUAAAUCAUCAGAAGAAAAACAGGUUGAAAAUGAUAUGAAUCCUGUUGACGUUGAAGUUGGAACUCUUUUUGAUGAAUCCACUUCUGUUAAGACUCCAUUAGAUGGAAUUCCAGUAACCAGUAGUAAGAUUUAUUGUGAUGGGGACAGUUCUCAGAAUGACGAAACUCGAAUUCAGCAAUCUUUUUCAAUAGCCGAGCAAUCAAAAAUUAAUUCUAUGCCCAACAGUGAAAAAUGUGAUGAAAGUGAUGCAUUACAUGAUGCCAUUGUUUCUGGUGAAAAGGAUAUGAUUAUUGACCGAGAAAAGCUCAAACAGACAGAUCAAUACAAGCGAGCUGUGGAAGAAGAAUGGGCAUCUAGGCAGCGAGAGUUAAAAAUUCAGGCUGAAGAGGCUCAAAGAUUGCGAAAAAGGAAAAAAGCUGAAAGUAUGCGUGUAUUGGAUAUGGAGAGACGGCAAAAGCAACGUCUGGAGGAAAUGAGAGAGACACAAAAGAAGGAUGAGGAAAAUAUGAACAUAAAGGAGCAACUAAGAAUGGAAGUAAGGAAGGAGCUUAGUAAAUUGGAAAUAUCAUGCAUCGAUAUGGCCUCAUUGCUUCGUAGCUUGGGAAUCCCUGUAGGUGGUGGUUCUUAUCCCUUGUCCAAUGAGAUUCAUGCAGCUUAUAAAAGAGCCUUGCUAAGAUUUCAUCCUGACCGAGCAUCUCAAACUGAUAUUCGCCAGCAGGUUGAGGCGGAGGAAAAGUUUAAGCUUAUUUCUCGCAUGAAGGAGAAACUUUUAGCGACUUCAUGUCACUGAAUGCUAACGCAGGUUCAAAAAUUGAUCCUACAAUGCAAUUUUUGUUGUUUCAUAUGCAGCUAGGAUUUCACAUUUUUGUGUUAUUCCGUAUAUUAGAAAUUUUUUGCCAGUUCUUAUCAGAUGGACUGGUCAAAAUUGUAAAGCAGAUGUAAAUACUUGCAAAGGUAUCAUAGCUAUACGUCUGGACCAUCUGGGUAUAUUUUAUACCGCACUUUGGGAUUGUAGUUCUCUCUGAUUAAUUGUUUCCCAACUGUGUCGUGCAUAAUAUUUGGGUUUUAUGAGGAUUGUGAACU